AUGAGGAGCUGCUCCUUCGCCUGGUGCUCCACCAAGGCUUCUGGGAGAUCUCCACUUGCGGCGCUGCUGCAGUCGGGAGUCCACGCGGAUGGCCGGGUUCUCCAGCGCCUCCUGGAGAAUCAACUCUAUGUUAAGGCAGAGAAAUGUGAGUUCCACCGCAGCUCUGUUCCCUUCCUGGGGUUUGUUAUCUCUGCCGGGGCCAUUGAGAUGGAUAAACAGAAGCCUGACCCCAACCGCCAGUUCAUCGUGGAAAUGGACGCGUCAGAUGUGGGUGUUGGAGCCAUUCUUUCCCAGCGUUCAGCCAGGGAUGGGAAGAACCUUGAAUACAUUCGCACAGCAAAGCGUCUGAAUUCCCGCCAAGCCCGCUGGUGCCUUUUAUUUUCCCGAUUCAACUUCACCCUGUCUUUCCGUCCCGGAUCAAAGAAUGGCAAACCAGAUGCCCUCUCCCGCAUCUUCCCUGCCUCAAGUAGCCCAGAGGAACCGAGGAAUAUCCUUCCUGGCCACCGUAUUGUUGGGGCAGUCCAGUGGGACAUAGAGUCUCUGGUGCGCUCCGCCCAACCGGACGAUGCUGCUCCCAGUCAGUGCCCUGUCAACCGCCUGUUUGUCCCUGUGCCCCUCCGUCCUCAGGUCUUGCAGUGGGGUCAUUCUUCCCGGCUCUCCUGCCAUCCUGGAGCUAGGCGCACCCAAGCCUUCAUCCGCCGGAGAUUUUGGUGGCCUACCAUUGGAGGUGAUGUUCGUGCCUUUGUCUCAGCCUGUUCUGUCUGUGCACGGAGUAAGAACUCCACGCAACCCUCUUCCGGCCUGUUGCAGCCCCUACCCAUCCCCAAGAGACCGUGGUCUCACAUUGCUCUGGAUUUCGUUACUGGCCUCCCACCGUCUGAUGGCCUCUCCCCUUUUGAAUGCUGUCUCGGCUACCAGCCCCCUGCUCAGGAGGUAGAGGUCAGCGUGCCUUCAGCCCAGGCCUUCGUCCGCCGUUGCCGGCAGACAUGGAGAAGCACACGGACAGCUCUGCAGCGUGCCUCGGUCAGGAUGAAGAGUCAGGCAGACCGCCGUCGCUCUAAGGCUCCUCCCUAUCUUGUGGGACAGCGUGUCUGGCUGUCGACCCGGGACAUUCCACUCAGGGUGGAGUCUCGGAAACUCGCACCCCGCUUCAUUGGUCCUUACCCCAUUGAGAGACUUAUUGGCCCCUCUGCUGUCCGUCUAAAGCUCCCCCCCAACCUCCGCCGCAUCCAUCCCACCUUCCAUGUUUCCAGGGUUAAGCCCUUUGUCUUGAGCCAGCUCUGCCCCGCCCCCAAGCCCCCUCCUCCACCACGAAUCAUUGAUGGCUCAGAGACCUUCACUGUUCACCAGCUCUUAGAUGUUCGUCGCCGGGGCCGCGGCCUCCAGUUCCUUGUGGACUGGGAGGGCUACGGUCCAGAAGAGAGGCGCUGGGUUCCAGGUCGUGACAUUCUUGACCGUUCGCUCAUUAAAGACUUUCUAGAGAAACAUCCAGUUCCCCCAGUUAUGACGCCAGGAGGCGUCCGUAGGAGGGGGGGUACUGUAAGGGAUCCUGAUAUUUAAGUUCCUGUUUUUUCAGCAACAUGUGUUUUUUAUUAUUUAUUUACAUUUUGUAGGUCAGUUGGUGGUGUUUUGGAUUGCAAUGUACUUUCGACUCCACCCUGCUACUUCCUGCUUUUCUUUGGUUUGCUGAUAUCCCCUGAGUUUGUGAACACACCUGUUGCUAAUGUGUGUUGAUUGGUUUGUGGCUACUUAAGCUCAGUGUGCCCAUUCAGUCUCUGUCGGAUCGUGCCAGUAUGAUACUUGUGCCUUGCUGGGAAUAAACUCAAAGAAAGUUCUUGUAACCAAGCCUUCUGUCUGCGAUUGGAUCCUUUCGUACCGAAAGCCUAACAGUGAUGAAGUUGUUGAUCAUUGGGGUUGUAUGAAUGUGCAUAUCUCUCUACAUUUUAAAACGACAUAAUGUGUUGGCAGCAAAGUUAACUUCACUUCACGUUAAUGCUUUUGUAUAUGAGCCUGCCGGGUCGUCCUUGCCUUCUGGCUUUUAAAAUGGCGGUAUGAAAACAGGAAAUGUGAUACUCCAGACAGGAAGUAGUAACCAGACCAGCAGACCAAUCACAGCCUUGCAGGCUGCGCGGCUCGCGUAAAAGCUUACGUAAAAAAUUACGCAAGUCUAGAAAAAUCGCCCGACGCACGCAAGACGUGAGAAGUCGCGCAAGGGGCGCGGAAGGGCCUCUUGCGCUUGCGCUUACGCUUACGUAACUGAGCAUAAAUCGGCCUUAACGGAGGACCAUGUGCUUCUUUUUUCGACGCAGGGGGUUUUCCACUCAUUGCAAUGUAAUCCCUCCACGGCAAUAUAUGAAGCUA